CUUACAAGCAGGUUUCCAUUGUCAUAAUUUUCAUGGCUUCCGAAAACCUUUUCCAUUGUACUUCAUUGGCUUUGCUUCUCUUAUUUGGAUUUUGGGCUUUCAGCGCCAAUACUCGCACUCUCGAAGAUGCUUCAAUGCAUGAGAGGCACGAGCAGUGGAUGGCUCAGCAUGGAAAGGUCUAUAAGGACCAUCAUGAGAAGGAGUUGAGAUACAAAAUAUUUCAGCAAAACGUGAAAGGCAUAGAAGGCUUUAACAAUGCGGGAAACAAAUCUCACAAGCUUGGUGUCAAUCAGUUUGCUGAUCUCACAGAAGAGGAAUUCAAAGCCAUAAAUAAACUCAAGGGUUAUAUGUGGUCUAAAAUAUCAAGAACAUUCUCGUUUAAAUAUGAACAUGUGACAAAAGUACCAGCAACACUGGAUUGGAGACAAAAAGGAGCUGUCACGCCCAUCAAGAGCCAAGGCCUCAAGUGUGGAUCAUGUUGGGCAUUUGCUGCUGUGGCAGCAACAGAAGGAAUCACCAAGCUGACUACUGGUGAAUUGAUCUCUUUAUCAGAACAAGAACUUAUUGAUUGUGACACAAACGGUGAUAAUGGGGGUUGUAAAUGGGGCAUAAUACAAGAAGCCUUCAAAUUUAUCGUGCAAAAUAAAGGACUUGCCACAGAAGCAUCUUACCCUUAUCAAGCUGUUGAUGGGACUUGCAAUGCAAAAGUAGAAUCCAAACAUGUGGCUAGCAUUAAGGGGUACGAGGAUGUUCCUGCCAACAAUGAGACUGCACUUCUCAAUGCUGUUGCGAAUCAACCAGUUUCUGCACUUGUUGAUUCAAGUGAUUAUGAUUUUCGAUUUUAUUCAAGUGGUGUCCUCAGUGGAUCCUGUGGCACUACAUUUGAUCACGCUGUCACUGUUGUGGGGUAUGGAGUAAGUGAUGAUGGAACCAAGUAUUGGUUGAUCAAGAAUUCAUGGGGAGUAUACUGGGGUGAACAAGGAUACAUCAGGAUAAAAAGAGAUGUUGCUGCUAAAGAAGGCAUGUGUGGCAUAGCAAUGCAAGCUUCUUACCCCAUUGCAUAAUUGUUAAACUUCGUUACGACAACUUUUUAGACUUUCACUUUUAGUUUUUUCAAUGGAUCAAAAUUUUAACUAAAUCUUCUAUAAAUUAUGUACCAGUACUAAGUCAAGAGAAGUCUAUAAUAAUAUCAUUUCAUAGGCCAUCA